GGGUGUGGCUGAGGACUGAGGUAAGAGUGCGGAGUUGACAGAGCAGUUUCAGGAGAAGGUUGGUCAGGAGUUCUUAUCUGCAUGAGAAGAGAAGAAGCUGAAUAAGUGAAGUGUAUGCAGAGGAGGUGUGGGCCUUUUGACUCUACAGCUCUUACCUUUAAGAGAGAAGACAAAGCUGAACAAGUGAAGUGAACGUUGGACGUUUGGAGGUUUUUGACUCUGCAGUGAUGAUAAGGAUGAUGGCAGUCACCUUGGGCAGCUUAUAGUUCUCAGCGGAAUGCUGUUAUAUGCAUCUUGAACAGAAGAGAAUCAGAAUUGCUCUGUAAGAAAGGACACCAGUACGUCAGUCAUGGCGAGCGGUCGGGAGCAGAUCAGCGCUGCCGAGGUGCCUGGCAUGCCCAGGUUGUCAGCAUCUGCCAAGCUGAAGUAUGUGUCUCUGGGGGUGCUGGUGCUACAGACCACCUCUCUGGUGCUGACCAUGCGCUACUCUCGGACGCUGCCGACUGAGGGGCCGAGGUACCUGGCCUCUUCAGCUGUGGUGUCCGCUGAAGUCAUCAAAAUCAUCGCCUGCACCAUGCUGGUCUUCAAAGACAGCAGUUUCAGCGUGCAGACGCUGAAUCUGGUCCUUAGGGAGGAGAUCAUAAACAAGCCCUGGGAGACCCUGAAGCUGGCCAUCCCGGCAGGCAUCUACACCCUGCAGAACAAUGUGCUCUACGUGGCUCUUUCCAACUUGGAUGCUGCAACCUACCAGGUCACGUAUCAGCUGAAGAUUCUCACCACCGCUCUGUUCUCCGUGUCUAUGCUCAGCAAGAAACUUGGUGCCUACCAGUGGCUGUCCUUACUCAUACUAAUGAUGGGUGUAGCGUUCGUACAGUGGCCUUCAGAUUCUGCGGCAGGACCUGAGAAGAAGGAGCUGUCCACGGGCUCUCAGUUUGUCGGACUGCUGGCCGUGCUGGUGGCCUGCUUCUCCAGCGGAUUUGCCGGCGUUUAUUUCGAGAAGAUCCUGAAGGAGACCAAGCAGAGCGUCUGGAUCCGUAACAUUCAGCUAGGUUUGUUUGGCCUGGUUUUUGGAUUGGCUGGGAUGUUUGCGUAUGAUGGCAAGAGGGUCCUAGAGGAUGGAAUGUUCCAGGGCUACAACAGCGUGACCUGUGUUGUGGUGCUUCUACAGGCUUUGGGUGGGCUGGUUGUUGCAGCUGUCAUUAAGUACGCUGAUAACAUCCUGAAAGGCUUCGCCACAUCCCUGUCCAUCAUACUGUCCACUUUCAUCUCUUACUUCUGGCUGAAUGACUUUGAUCCUACCAGGCUGUUCUUCCUAGGGGCAUUGAUGGUCAUCGCAGCCACUUUUCUUUACGGCUAUCAAAGGAAGCCUGUGGUCAGCCCCAGUAAAGUAUAAAGGGUGGCCAAUGACAACAUAGCGGAGCAGCUACGGAGCCGUCAGCUGAGCUUCAGAGUCCCUGACCAGAGCAGGACAACACAGCGAGGAGAAUGGGCAGUGAGCAUGAUGUGAAGAACUCUUAAGGCUUAAGAAACAAGAAGAACCAAAGAGAGCAUGAAGAACUUCAUUCAAAGUGGAGCUUCGUCUGUAAUGACGUUCUCACUUACGGUUUACAUUAAAUGUUCAAGGAAGAGCCUUGCCUAGAACCUCAAGGAACAUUUUCAGUGUUAUGAUUCUGUUUGAAUACGAACAAUGUUUUCAAACGCAACUGCCAGAUUCACUCUCUGCCCAAUUUAUCAGAAACCCCUCCCUCUUAGCUCCACCUUGCUGGUGUACAGUGAGAGUCCACCCUUUAUUUAUUUAAUAUCCCAGCCAUUAAGUAUGAAUAAUUAAUGGAUAAUUAAGUUGUUCAUUUUCCAGCGUUAGGAAAAAGCGGGGUGUAUUAAACAGACAACAGUGAAAAAAAGUUUAAAAUAAAAAAUGUUAAAAGCUACAGAGAAAAUGGGCCUCCUAACAACCACCUGGAAGACCUGGUAGACUCCAAAACUGCCCCCAUCAGAUAAACAGCUUUCAUCUUUAAGAGAGAGGAGAAAAUCAAGCUGCUUCAGAUCUGAAAACAUCCACAGGUGUUUCUGUCCAUCCUUCCACUGUGAGAAGACGACUCAGUGCUAUGGGUCU